AUUUGUUUUUUUUUGCAAUUUUUGGGCGAAAGCAACAGUCAUAUCUAUCAUUUCAGCACAAGUUCUCGAUAAGAACACCUGGGUGUACGAUGUGACUGGCUUGCUACAACAUUGUGUCGCUGUGCUUCGCCUUUGUCAUCAGCUCACGGAUCAGCUGGCUGCUGUUCCAUUGCAGCAUGCGUCACCACAGCUCAGCCAUAUGUUGUGCCAGGCAACCCUUCGUGUCAUGCCUCGUUUUGACGACUUGCUCAGCGCUGUAGCAAGUCCAGCGGUUGAUAUUCGAGUGCUUGAAGCACGCGCCACAGCAUUAGCCACCGUAUGCUGGGCGUUAUAUCUACCGUUCUCGCUUAUCAGCCAGAAGUAUAGGGAGGCGAUGGGUGAGCCGCUGCAGCAAAUGGACCACCAUUUGGAUGCUCUGCGUCAGGCAGCUGAAAUAGCUGAGAGGGCCAAUCUUGGCAAGAACUCGACUGGUCUCAUUUGGACGCUGUCGCCGAAAAUGUGGCUGCUCAAGAAAAUGCCAAAGUAG